CUCUCUGAUCAGAAGCGACUUCAUUCAUAUAGUUCACUAGAAUCUGCUGCUUCUUUUCUGCAAGAGAAUCAAGGUUUUCUAUUGAUUUAUGGACACCCAGAAGAAAUCUGAGGAACAUGGCCUUUACCAUAUAGUCAAUAGUACCGGUGGUGCAUUUGGAGCGGGCGCUGUGGGAGGUUCUGUAUAUCAUUUCAUAAAAGGGUCAUACAAUUCCCCAAUAGGUGCUCGUUUUGUUGGAGGAACACAAGCGGUGACGAUGAACGCUCCUCGUUUGGGAGGCAGUUUUGCUGCAUUUGGAGGAUUGUUCUCCACAUUUGACUACGCAAUGGUGUGCAUCAGGAAGAAGGAAGAUCCAUGGAACUCGAUCGUAGCAGGCGCUGCUACAGGAGGACUUCUUGCAAUGCGACGUGGGAUUGUUGCAGCUUCAACAUCAGCGGUUAUGGUAGGGGUUUUGUUUGCUUUGAUGAAAGGGCCUGCGUUGUGAACAAGUAAGCUUUUCUGGGAUUGUUGUGUUUGAUGAGAGCCUCUCUCUCUCCCCUUUUUUGGCUUGGGCUUGAUGAGAUAAUGUCAUUUAGAUUUUCAUGAUAAUUGCCUUUUUUAAUUAUAAAAUACUCCAAAAUUA